AAGCAUUGUUAAAUACAGGAAGCCCUGAUAAACAACCGCCUCUCUUCCUUUCUCCUCAACAGUGUUUGGUAACUGAAGACUCGUUUCAGUCUCCGCAGCCUCUAACAGGUUUCCUCGCGAGGUGAUGGGAAGCUGCAGGGGCAGGUCCUCCUCUCCCCACAGACCCAGAUAUGUCAGCUGGUGUGUGGACUCUCCACCAACUGCAACUACAACUCUGACAACAACAGACACUCCAGAAGAAUUUUCUCACCAAAACCAACAGUUGGCUGGUGCAGGAUUGAGCCCGCUCGUCCUGCUUUCACCACCAGAAACAAGUGGAGGAGAAACAGAUGCAGAACUUUCCCAUCAACUCCCACAGCCAAAGAAGGCCUUCAAACACUCCUGUCACUCCCAGUCAAACACACACUCCAGCACUACUUCAGCCCUGCACAACACUGACAAAGCAACAAACAGUCGUAGCAAUGAGGGUGAGGAUGAUGAAAAAGGUAGAGAGGAGAACUUCACACCUUCAGAGGCUGACAACAGUAACAAAGAAGACCAGUCUCUUCUUCAUCCAGAGGACAAAGGAUUUUACCUUCCCAGGAGCAGUCCAGUCAUCUCCAGAAGCCACAGGCCCCUCUCCUGGCAUGGAGGGGGUGCUGACACGUCUGCUCUAUCAAGCUUGGGCUCCCCAUCUCCUCCCUCUGGUUCACUGUUCCUGGAUCAACAUGGGGGCCUGACAGUAACCAGUAUGAAGGAUCUGGGAUCCAAACCCAGCUCCAGUCACAGCUCAUCUCCAGUCCAGGAGGACAAGAAGCCGGGCUGUGUCUCUGUCUCCUCAAAUCCGAACCAUUUCCUCAGCCCUGGGUUCCACCUUCCCCUCAGUGGACAGCAGAGAUUGGCUGAGGAGCACAGAGGACAGGGCCCGACCAGUUGUGAUGCCCCUCACACAUCAGGCCUCUCUAUAUCAACACAACAUAGCAGAGAGAGAAGGAGCAGUAGUAUCCCAGAAUUCUCUGCUGCAGACGUCUUCAAGAACACAUGUGAGCUGGAAAAGGAAAAUGCUCAUUUCAUUGUGGUGGACAUGGUGUUGGAGGUGCUGGAAGGUGCAAAGUGGACUCUGAGCUUUGAUCAAUGGACAUCCGUGAUGGACACACACCAACACACAUACAGCAGGUGCAGACAGACAAAGACAGGCUCUUCAGUGGAUCACAAGCAGAGACGUAAGGCAUGCAGACACAAACAGCGCUGCAGUAUAGUGGAUACCAAACAAGAGGAUAAUAAGAGCAGACAUUCUGAUGGAGACAAUGAGACGUCACACAGAAACACACACUCCUCUAAAACUUAUGCACACCCACAUCAGCACAAUCAGGAUAAAGAAGAGGAGGGAGCAGGGAAUAAUGACCAUCAAUCAAAGACUUUCUCUGUCCUCUCCACUGACAGUGGAUUUGGAGGUAAAAUGAUUUUAACUUAUGAAUAUAAUACGAAUAUCAUAUUCUGUGUUUUAAUUUCAGACUGUGGAAUAGACACUACGUUGACACAGAGAGAUUCUCUCAGAAAUGCAGAGUGGCUGGCCCAGCAGCUGGUGUUGGAGUUCAGAAAGAGAUGGCUUCCUUCCCUCGGGCCUCGGCGUGGUCGGCAGAGCCUGCGUAGCUCACUUCAGGAGUUGCCGGGUACUGGUGGCGUGGCAGUGAACAGUGGGAGCCUGACAGAAGAAAUCAGACUGAGGACCAGGAUGAGAGGAUCCCUAUGCUGGGCACCUCCACGCUUCCAGAUCAUCUUCACCGUGCAGCCGACACACAGACGCAGUGAAAUAGUGGCUUCACAACACUUCCUGUGUGCAGGCUGUGGGACAGAGGUAGAGCGCAAGUACAUCAAGAAAUUGCGGUACUGUGAAUACCUUGGCAGAUAUUUCUGUGACUGCUGCCAUAGCGGCUCUGAGGCUGUGAUCCCUGGUCGAGUUCUGUCCUGCUGGGACUUUGGCAGAUACCCUGUGAGUGAUUUCUCCAAACAGUUGCUGGAUACAGUGUGGCAUCAGCCUCUGUUUGACCUGACCUGCGUUGGUAAGACACUCUACAGCAGAGUGAAAGAGCUGGACAGGUUCAGGGAAGUCCAGGAACAGCUGCUGGGCAUCAAGAAGCUGCUGAAAGCUUGCAGAUUAUCUGGAAGGUUAAUGACUGAGUUUGAACAGCUUCCCUGUCACCUGACCGAGCGGCCACACCUCUUCUCCAUGGAUGACCUCUUCAGAGUGAAGAAGGGUCAGCUUGUAGCGCAGGCCAGAGCAGUCUUUCACUCCGCUAUUAAUCAUGUUGAAAACUGUGAGCUGUGUCUGGCCCGAGGUUUUAUCUGUGAGUUCUGCAGAGAAAGAAACAUCAUCUUUCCUUUUCAGAGUGACAUAUGUAAGCGUUGUCCAGUGUGCAAGGCUUGCUUUCACAAACAGUGUUUUGUGGAAAAGAAGUGUCCAAAAUGUCUACGAAAGCAGUUACGGAAAAAAACUUUCUAAACUGAUCCAUGAAGUGAGACAUCUGAACUGCUGCAGCUCAAUGGUUGUUAAUUCAACACCCUAAUUUAUUCAGCUACAUUGUUUUUACUACAGUUUCACAUUAAACACAGUUGUAAAUUAAAUGUAAAUGAAUUUCUGUACUCAUCCCUACUUAGUGUAUAUACAAAUAACUUCCUGCUGUAUAAUGCUUAACUGUAAACUGUAAUUAAUCGUUCAUCUUCCUUUCUAAAAUCAAGGAGUACUUACUCAAUGUUAAAUAUUUGAAUCCCUCUCAAAUACCGCGUACUGUAUCACCUGUGAGAAUAAAAUUGGUAUGAGCCACUCUUUACCUCAAGCUUCAUAUACUUCAACACCA